AUGAAGACAGCAACGGCAUGUACGAGCUGUAGGAUCAGCAAACGCAAGUGCUGGCAGCCACGGCGUGGAAAGUCGUGCUCACAAUGCCAACGCAACGAGCUUGACUGUUCACUAGGACCGUCCCCGACCCCCCCUCCUCCCCCUCCUAGUCAUGCCACCGGUGAAAGAAUACCGGCGGAUCCGACCCAGGCGGAGUUUGUCUCCGGUGAAGUGGCCGAGGCCUUGGUCGAGGCCUACAUCCAAUACAUCCACGACCGACCACACUCCAUCUUUCAUGUACCAACACUGCGGGCCGACGUACGCCAUAAACAGCUACACCCCAGCACAUACUACGCCCUGCUGAGCUAUGGCGCCCGCCUUUCCUCAGACAAGGCCAUCUUUGCCAUGGCCGAACCCUUGUUUGAACGGGCCCGGCGCCACCUGCACGUCGAUAUUGAAAUCGUCUGUCUUGAUAACAUCCAGGCAUGUAUCCUCCUGGCCCACCUCGCCGCAGCCUCCUUGCGGUUCUCGCUAGAGGUUCUGUAUCUCAAUAUCGGCAUCCGCAUGGCUCAGAUGCUCCACCUCAACAUGCCGCAAUCUGAGCCUGUCGUAGUCCAGGAAGUCAAGCGCCGCAUCUGGUGGACCCUUUUCAUGGCCGACCAAUGGUGCUCCGCAGGCAACGGUCUGCCCAACCAGAUGAAGGGUUUAGAUCAUGCUGUCGACCUGCCUAUGGAUGAGGCCGUCUUCCACCAGCCCGCCCACCUGCUGCUUCAGUCUAGCGAACAGCAACGUCCUAAGCCCGGCUUAUGGGCUCACAUGAUUACCCUGGCCGAGAUCUUUGGCCCCAUUCAGGACCUCAACCGGCAGAUCGCCAAGCACACUGCAUCGGUAUCGUCAUCCGCCAUUGACGCCGCCACCGAAAAGAGGGUUAUGUGCCUCUACCAGGCCCUGAACAAGUGGCAGGACGACCUUCCGCCCGACGUCAGGUACAGCCUGGCUAACCUGUGCAGCCACCGGGACCGGGGCUUAGGUGGAACUUUUGUUGCCCUUCACCAAGGCCUUAACCACUACGGGACCCUGCUGCUGUACCAGUACCUCGAUCCCAGCCGCGUCACCAACGCCGCCACGGCUGAGCUUGCCCAACGCUGUAAGCAAUACGCAAACGACCAGAGCGCCCUCAUCCGGGUCGCCAGAGACCUGGGCCAAUGCGAGACUCUGCACCCCGGAGUAGGCCACAAUGCUGCCAUAUCGUCGUCGGUUCUUCUCCAUACGCUACUCUUCGGUAGUGAUGGAGAACUAGCGGAAGCCCGAAUGGGUUUACAGUCCAAUCUGGAGACCCUCGAGAACUUGAGCCGGUACUGGCCGUCUCUCGAGCUUACCGUGAGGCGCUUGACCGUAUUCCAGGAGGCCUGCCUGCAGAGCACCACGCCGCAACCGUACAGGUUUGAUAGCUGGUUGGUCAAGUUUCUCCUCGAAUAUCACCUACCCCUGGACGAAAAGGCAUACGAAACCGUCAAUCACAUUCGUAUCCAUGAGGUUAACGCGGUACUGCAAGAACGGAGCGAUGUCGGCGCUAAGAUUCUCCAAGGAUUUUGGGGGGGAAAAGCAUAG